UUCUCAUAAACGAUCGUCUGCGAUCAGCUUCCAUUUCUAAGAACGAACGUAUCUCUUUCCCGAUUGGCAUCGUUUUGUUUCAAACGUGAAUUUGCAAACGACUCUCGUUUGAUUCCUCUUUGAUAAUCGUCCAUUAUAAUUAAAUCGCGUAAACGGAUUUUUCUCGAGAUUAUUUAUCGAGUUAUCCUUAUUUUUCGUGCUUAAACUUUGAUAUCUAGAUGGCACUGUAAGCCAGUCUUCGAGCAGUAUCGUAACGGUGCACUCGAUAAUUACGUACUCGUACAGUAAUGCAUCAUAGAGUCAGUCCAGGUCGUUCGUUAGGGCGAACGAUGCAUCGAGGAAUGAAUCGAAAUCAAUCGGGAAAAGUAGAAAUGGUGGAAGUGCUGUUGGAAGCGGGCGGACAGGAAGUGGCAGUCGCCGAAAGCGGCUCGAGAGCUGGUACCCCGACGGAGUACGCGCCAACGGAUAUGCAAUCGUCCGUCGAGAACGUCGAGAAGCUUACGGUCAUUCAGGAGUUUUACGACGGCCAAAGUAUAUUCGUUACCGGCGGCACGGGCUUUCUCGGCAAAUUAUUAAUCGAGAAAUUGUUGAGGGGAUGUCCCGGUAUCAGCUGCAUUUAUGUUCUGAUACGUUCGAAAAAAGGGAAGGACGUUCUUCAGCGCACGGAAGAAAUGAUCGAAGAUCCGGUGUUUUCGACGCUGAGAGAGGAGCAACCGAAAUUCCGACAUCGCAUAGUGGCCAUCGAGGGCGAUUGCAUUCUGCCGGAUCUCGGUAUCUCGAUGACCGACAGAGCUACGCUCAUGCGCGAGGUCUCUAUCGUCUUUCAUGUCGCCGCGACCGUAAGAUUCAACGAGAAAAUAAAAUCGGCGACGGCUAUCAACGUUCGAAGUCUGAAGGAUGCGAUAAACUUGUUCAAAGAAAUGCCGAAACUAAGGAGUUUCGUUCACGUAUCCACCGCUUUUGCGAAUUGCCUCCACAACCCGAUCGAGGAGAGGUUUUACGAUCCGCCGAUAGAUUCGGACAAGUUGAUCGAUUUGAUGGAUUGCAUGGACGAGAAAUUGCUCGACGAUAUUACACCGCAAUUACUUGGAACAUGGCCAAACACUUACGUUUACACGAAAUCGGUCGCCGAGAACGUAGUAAAAAAGCAGGCUGGCUCGAUACCGAUUGGAAUAUUUCGUCCAGGAGUUGUGAUAUCUACGUAUCAGGAACCCAUUCCAGGAUGGAUCGAUAAUAUGUACGGACCAAUAGGAAUUGCAGCAGGCGCUGGAAUGGGACUGAUACGAUCUCAUCAUUGCGAUGGAUCGAUAAAAGCGAACUUGGUACCCGGAGAUUUGACGAUCAAUGCGCUAAUCGCUAGCGCCUGGGACGUUGCCAAUAAUCGAAGAUCCAACGAAGAUACUCCCAUUUAUAAUUACGUGUCUAAGGACAAUCCAAUCACUUACGACGAAUUGAAAGACAUGUCUGCCAAGUACGGACUAUUGGUACCGACUAAGGAAUCGAUUUGGUAUUAUAGCUUCAGAAAUACAAAGUAUCGUCUGGUCCAUCUCUUUUACGUCUACUUUUUACAUCUAUUACCGGCUCUCGUAAUCGAUACGGUCGCAUUGUGCAUGGGCAAGCAACCGAGGUUACUCAAGAUAUACAAUAAAAUUCACAAAUUUAUGGACGUACUCAGUCACUUCUCUACAACCGAAUGGAAAUUUACGAAUGAAAGAUUGAACGAACUGACGAGGAAGUUAACGAGCGAAGAUCGUAAACUGUUCUUUUGCGAUAUGAAAGAAGUCGUUUGGGAUACCUACUUUCAAAGCUAUCUGCGAGGAAUAAGAAUAUAUAUCUUGAAGGAUCCCAUUGAAACUGUUCCACAAGCUCGUAUUAAAUGGCAAAGGCUUUACUGGAUGCAUCAAACAUUGAAACUUGUUGUCGCCUGCGUCUUUCUUAUCAUCACGUGGACUAUGAUUUCCAGAGUGCUUGUAACAUUCGGAUACGCAUACACCGUUCAGUUUUCCUCGAAACUUGGUACCGUACUCGUAUUCGCCUCCUGCUACCUUUCUUCGAUAUCAUUGGACUUGAAUCAGGACAAGGAAUCGUAUCAAAAAAAAAUGAGCACGAAACUGACUGAUUUGGGAGAAACGAAUAACAAUAACAUCUCGGACCUCGCGUUCGACGAAAACGAACGGCGCGGGACACCUAUUCAAGAAUUUUACGCGGGACAGAAGAUCUUUAUAACGGGUGGAACAGGCUUUUUAGGAAAAGUCUUGAUAGAGAAACUUUUGCAAAGCUGCCCUCACGUUGCUCGUCUUUACCUACUGACGCGACCAAAAAAGGGAAAAAAUGCGCAAGCUCGGAUAGAGGAGCUAUUUCAGGAUCGCGUGUUCGAUCGAAUAAAGAGAGAGGUGCCGAAGUUUCGGGACAAGGUCGUGGCCAUAUGCGGGGAUUGUAGCGUCGAGGAGCUAGGAAUUUCGGCCGAAGAUCGUAGAACACUCAUAAACGAGGUGUCGGUGGUCUUUCACGUGGCGGCGACGGUUCGAUUCAACGAGAAACUGAAGCUCGCAUCCGCCAUAAACGUUCGGAGUACCAAUGAUCUAUUGGAACUGUGCAAAUCCAUGCCGAAACUGAAGGCGUUGGUUCACGUGUCGACGGCCUACGCGAAUUGCUUCGAAAAACGAGUCGAGGAACGCUUCUACGCGUAUUCCAUUCAUCACGAGGAACUGAUAAGAUCAACGAACGAAUUGUCGGAAGAAGAACUAGAGAAUAAGUUUCAGUGUAUCAAAAAGACAUGGCCAAACACGUACACGUUCACAAAGGCUAUGGCGGAAAGUCUCAUAAGAGAGAAACACGGGAAUCUACCGAUAGGAAUAAUUCGACCUGCUAUAGUGAUAUCGACGGCGUACGAACCUAUCAAAGGAUGGCUCGACAACGUCUACGGACCGAACGGGAUUGCCGCUGCCGUUUCGAGCGGUAUUUUAAGGGUGAUGCAGUGCGAUCCCAACAGUAUCGCCGAUAUAAUACCCGUUGAUAUCACCGUAAAUGCCUUGAUCGCAUCCGCGUGGGACAUUUAUACGCAAACAAAUAGGAGAGGAAAUGACAUGCUCAUUUAUAACGUCGUAGCAUCGGUGGACGCACCUCUGACGUGGCUCGACUAUAAUAAAAUGACUUAUCCUCAUGUCGCUCGCUAUCCACCGAGCUCUAUACUGUGGUAUCCAACCCUCACGCUGACCAAAUAUAAGUCGCUCUACAAGUUUUUGUCUAUAUUCCUUCACCUAAUACCCGCGAUUCUCGUGGAUACAGCGCUGAUCUGCAUCGGCCAGAAGCCAAGAAUGCGGAAUAUAAUAGGAAAAAUUACCAACUUUUGCGAUGUCAUAGCGUUCUUCAGCACCGGAAAUUGGAUAUUUAUCAACAACAACGUACAAAACAUGUGGCAAAGAUUAAAUUCGAAGGAUCAACAACUUUUUAAAUUUAGUAUGGCCAAUUUCGAUUGGAAGAUGUAUUUACAGGAUUAUGUCAAGGGAAUACGCCUUUAUAUAUUUAAGGACGAGCUAGAUAAUUUAGAGAGCAGCAAAUUGAAGUGGAAAAGGUUAUACUGGAUGCAUCAAAUUUUGAAAACAUUCAUCUUUGUAGGCAGCACUUGGACGAUUUGGAAAAUAUUUGAUAAAAUAUUUUCUUAACUCGAGCACGCACGUCCGAUUGCGUGCGUUUUCACAUGGUCAUGGAUAAGCGCGCGAUUUAGGUUUAUAAUUUCCCAUAUAAAUAGUUCUUUUAAAGAAUGCCAAAGUGAAAAUAUACGAAAAUGCAAAUAAAAUAUAUAUCGUAAUUAUUAAAACGCUUUAAUCGUAAUCUGUAACCGUAUCAUCGCGCACGACUACUGCGCACGACUCUUGCUCGAUCUCGAUCAAAAAUAUAUUUAUACUACUCUGGCAAAACAUGGAAAUUUUUGUAAAUAUACGUAUUUAUAAAAAUC